AUGUAUCCUUUCAAUAGCUUUCAGUAUACAGAGGAAGAGGUAGAGCGCAGUUAUGAAGAGUUUUAUGAGGAUGUGCAUACAGAGUUUUUGAAGUUUGGGGAAAUAAUAAACUUUAAGGUGUGCAGAAAUGGUUCUUUUCAUUUGAGAGGAAAUGUAUACAUCCAAUAUAAGUCGUUGGAUUCAGCUGUGAUGGCUUACAAUUCUGUACAUGGUCGUUAUUUUGCAAGCAAACAGGUUAAAUGUGAGUUUGUUAGCCUAACAAGAUGGAAGGUUGCCAUAUGUGGGGAGUACAUGAAAUCAAGGCUUAAGACAUGUUCUCGAGGGUCUGCUUGUAAUUUUUUACAUUGUUUCACAAACCCUGGUGGAGACUAUGAAUGGGCUGAUUGUGAUAAACCACCUCCAAGAUUUUGGGUCACAAAGAUGGUUGCUUUAUUUGGUUAUCCAGAAGAUGACACCUGGCAUCAACCAACUCCCAGGGACCGACAUCGCAUAUUUACAUCAGAUAGAGACAGUUAUCGCGAAAAAAGGCAUCGGUCUAUGGAAAAAAAUCAACACAAUGGAAAUUCAAAUAGAAAACACCAUGAUGAAAAUCAUGUUCGAAAGAGCAGAAAACGUGAACGUGAUAAAAAUUAUGAGCACGAGGAUUCCGAUUCUGAUGGAGAUCGGUUGAGGAGACAUGAUGAAGGUUCACAAACUCACUCAAGGCAUAGUAGGAGCAAAGAGAGUAAUUAUCGUAAAAGCAAGAGAAGAACUCAUGGUAGUAGAAGUAGUAGUAGUUCCGAUGAAGAAGAAGACUUUUACACCAAAAAACGACAUUUAAACAUGAAAAGUAGGUCACGACGUGCGAAAAAUGUCUCGGAAUCAUCUAACGAUGAAGAAUCGGAUGAUGCCGAGUUAAAAAGACGUAAAGAACGGAAAACCGAUCGUCGGAGGUCGAGAAGGCGUGGUCGUGAUGGUGGCUCCGGUGAGAUUGACGGAGAAUCCGGCGAGGUGGAGCGACGGCGGAAUGAGAGGAGUAGGACACGUGAUGGUGGUGGUGGGUGUCUCUCAGAGAAAAUUGAGAUGGGUGACCGUUGGGAGCCUGAAGGUUCUCUGGAUGAAUUGAAAAAUUCGGAAGGUGAUGGUACAAGUAGUCAUGGAGAGAACCGGAGAAGUUGUGAUUGUGAUGAUAAGAUGAGGGAGAAGAGGAAGAGAAUUUGAGAAGCGGCUAAGAAAUGAUACGAUAUAACUGUGUUUGGUAUGUACUGGAUUUGAGACUGAUGCUGUUGGAACAAAAGUUGUGGAAUAAAAUGGGGAUGCCUUUAACCUUGAAAUCAGCAUAAAGUGUUUGCCUUAGAGAACUUGCUUUAUACGUAUUAGCACAGAAAAGGAAUACACGGCUUGAAACGUUUACUUCUAUGUGUUCUUAGAUAGAUUCCAAAUUAUUCUCAUUCAAGAACCACUUAGAAUCGGGUUCCAAAUUAUUAAUCCUAACAAGCGUUUACAUAAACUAUUUAAGAUAUAAGUGG